UCUACGAGUGGCGGAGGCUCCCUGAUCCCGCCACACCUCUGCCGCCCUGGAUCUUCUAAAUCCAGGCGGCCUCCACACCACCCAACUGUUUUGCUACUUCUAAAUCCAGAGCGCCACAUGUUCUCUCUCUCUCUCAUCCCUGCACAGCUGCACUCGUUCCUUUGAUGAUUUCCCUUGUGUGAUAUUGCAAAGAUCCCUUGCGAGGCUUUCCAGUGUGGUGUGUGUCACUUUUUGGGUGAAUAGCUUUGCUUGCGCCAUUGCCGGUGCAUGUGGCUUGAGAAAUAGGAUUCUUCUUCGUCUUUCACAGCUAGUUGCUCUGAGCUCUUGGGCUCUAGUAAUUACUACCACUCCCCCGGCCCCAACUUUCGGCGUCAAGAUCCAAGAAAGAUCAGGAGCAAAAGUCUUGGGCCGCAAUCAUUAGGAGCUCGCUGCAUUGCAGAGAUUCUCUUCUUGGCUGUUGUCUCACUCCUCACUCCUCCAUAGUUGUUCUUGCUAUAACCAGGGAGCCUGGGGGAGCAGAAGAUUAUUCUCAAGAGGUUAUAUUGAAAAGGGAGAUUAAGGGGCCAGAGGAGCUGUAGAUGCAGUAUUCACGAGCCGUGCAGAAGUGCAGGCUAAUCAUUGCAAAGUGUCGGAAUUGAUUCCCCCUGCUGCGUUCAUUCUUUUCUUGCCCUGAGCUGUUCUAGAUUCUAUCACACAGGCAUGCUGAUAGCAGGUGCCUUUUUCAGUUCCAUUGGGAGGCAAAAGCAGAUGAAGUUGUGCAAUAGGCAGGUUGAGAGGCUUCUUCUCUGAUCACCUUCUCUGAAGAAGAACAGCUCUUGUUUCCAUUGCAUGGAGAAGGAAACCAUGGGGGGCCAUAUGAUGAUGCCAUUGGAGAGCUUGAGCUUGGAGCUCCCAAAUGGGGAAAUUGUAGUGGGCUAUGACAAGGACAUUUCAGCUCUGCAAGAGGAGAUUUCAGCUAAGAGAUCAAGGCAGCGACAUCUUGACCGGAGAAGACGAGAGGCACUGGACAAGCUCAUAGACCUGAAAGGAAGUAUCAGGGUCUUCUGCCGGGUACGGCCAUUGAUCUCAACGAACAACUUCAAGACGAAAUCAACGGUUACCGUCGAACAAGAGAAGAUCGCAGUCCAGUCUGUGGGGAUCAAGAAAGAGUUCAGUGUUGAUAGGGUUUUUGACCAGGAGUCAACACAAGAGGAUGUCUUCCUAGAAGUAAAACCCAUCCUCAGAUCUGCACUUGACGGGCACAAUGUCUGCAUUCUCGCAUAUGGCCAGACUGGGACAGGAAAAACCUACACAAUGGAAGGAACUGAUGGUAAGCUCGGUAUUGUGCCUCGAGCUAUUCAAGAACUGUUUUCUCAUGCUUCAAAAGACAGUUCAUCCACAUAUUCUUUCUCCAUAAGCAUGCUUGAGGUCUACUUGGGGAGCCUCAGGGACUUGUUGGCACCAAGACAGCCUCUCUUCAGGCCCACAGAAUGCAGUACAACAUGUAAUAUCAGCAUACUAGCAACUAAAAGUGGGGCUGUGGAAGUUGAGGGACUCACCGAAGUCUCAAUACCAGACCUUAAGAAAGCCAACCAAUGGUACUGCAGAGGACGGCGAGCCCGAUCAACAUCUUGGACAAAUGUCAACGAUGUAUCAAGCCGAUCACACUGCUUGACAAGGAUUACCAUAAGGAGUGGAGUCACUGAAGGAGUCAGCAAGCUCUGGCUCGUCGAUCUUGGUGGCAGUGAGCGAUUGCUGAAGACUGGUGCAUCUGGGUUGACAAUGGACGAGGGCAAGGCCAUAAACCUCUCCCUAUCAGCACUUGGAGACGUCAUUGCUGCACUUAGGCGAAAGAGAGGUCAUGUUCCUUACAGAAACAGCAAGCUUACCCAGAUACUCAGUGAUUCACUUGGCGAUGGCUCGAAAGUUCUAAUGGUGGUGCACAUCAGCCCUUCUGAGGAUGACAUUGGUGAGACAGUCUGUUCCCUGAGCUUUGCGAAACGAGCCAGGUCAAUCGAAUCAAAUAGAGACAUUUCAGAAGAUCUGAAAAUGCUGAAGCUGAAGCGGCUCGCAGAGCUUGACAAGGAAAUAUGUGAUGCCGAGGAAGAGCUCAAGUAUCUGAAUGAACAAAUAAGGAAAGCUGAGAUCACGCUUGAAGAGAAGAAGAAACUCUUAUCAUCUGCCUGUCAAGCUCUCAGUGACGAAAAGGGAUCACCGAGAAGUACUCUAGUGGUAGGGAACAUCCAUGCCACAGAGAGCCCACAUGCAACCGAGAAGGCAAAGAGCAGGGUGUCUCAUGGCUCAGUUCCUCACUUCAUGUCCUCGACGGUGUGCAGCCGUCAAAGACAUACCGCAGGAAGCCAUUCUGUUAGUAAACCGAGGUUGACAAAGUCGAUAAACAGGUUUCAGGCUGAGCUCAGUGGGAGCCAGUCGUUCAGCUACUCCAGCUGCAAGAAUGCAGCCAAGACUAUGUCAGUGGCAUUCUCAUCAAGUGUGCCUAAGUGCUUGCUAGUCAAGUCUGAUCAGAUCAAAAUGAGCAGCAACAGCAUUGACUCGACAGCAGCAUCAACACCGCGGCGGAGGGAAAGUUUCGGCUCCCGGCCAGUUCAUAGAGCACCCCUACAUCAGCACAGGAGAAGGAUGUCUAGUCUAACCUAACCUUACAUAAAUACCGAUUGGACAGCUCUGAUUUUAACUUGCUUGUUUUAGUGGUCAAAUGAUUCUAAAAGUUGUUUGUGGUAUUUUGGGUGUUUGAUGGUAUGUUUGUUAACUUCAUAGUUCUUGACUGCUGUAACUAUUGGAGGCCCUUCCUCCGCUGUUUUUGGUUUGACAUGGAAGGGCAAAAGGGUGUGGGAGAUACGGUAAAUCCAAAUGGAAUUAUAAUUGAUUCAAUUAAUGCUUU